UUCCCAGUUUUAAGCCAGGACUUUUUUCAUAGUCUUGGCCCUCUGGGUCCACACAUAUGCCGAUUAUUAUAGGCUUUGCCUCUGGAUCCGCACUUCGCGCCCACCACGGCCCUCCUUCGGUGGAAACUGGGAAAGAGUCGUAAACCAGUCGACGAUGUCUACGUCAUGCUGCCCUGGGAGUGCCUCAGAUUGUGGCCACCGUCCAUUUGCCACGCGAAAAUAUAACAUGCCCGACUCCCCAAUCGGUCCAACCCAUUUCAACUCUAUUUACCAUAUUGCUCAGCACAAACACACCAAACAAAAUGAGAAAGACAGUUUGCUUUUCCGAUUUCGAUGGCACCAUCUUCAUGCAAGACACGGGCCAUGUGCUCGUCGACAAUCUUGGCUGCGGAUCGAAGCAUCGGCAGCUCAUUGAGGAGCAGAUCAAGUCGGGACAGCGGUCCUUCCGCGAAGCCUCCGAAGAGAUGUGGGGUACGCUCCGGGUUCCCUUUGAAGAUGGGUUCGAAGUCAUGGAGAAGCACCUAGAGAUGGACGCAGGGUUCCAAGAUUUUCACCAAUUCUGCAUUGAUAAGGGUAUUGAUUUCAAUAUCAUUAGCGCCGGGUUGAAGCCUGUCCUACGGAAGGUGCUGGACACUUUCCUAGGAGAAGACGAGUCCUCGAAAAUUCAAAUCGUGGCCAACGAAGCCGACAUCGGUAACGAUGGGUCGCAGUGGAAGCCCAUCUGGCGACAUGAAACUGAACUGGGUCACGACAAAUCCAUAUCCAUGAAAGAGGCUCGUGCAGAGGCUGAGGCAGAUUGUGUCGACGGCGAGAUCCCUCUCGUUAUUUUCAUCGGCGACGGUAUCUCUGAUCUGGCGGCAGCGCACGAAGCAGACGUUCUGUUUGCACGAAAAGGUCUUCGCUUGGAAGAAUACUGCAUCGAACACAAGAUCCCGUACAUUGCCUUCGAAAGCUUCUCGGAUGUGAAGAAUGCACUCGAGAAGAUCAUCAAGGAAGACGAGGAGAAGACCGGUGGCGUGGGAACGCCGGCGCGGUUCAACCCACGUGCUAAUAUGUGGAGACGCAUCUCCAGCAGACAAGCGGUUCCUAAGCUCGUUGCCGCGACACCGAAAGAAGAGAAGAUGAUGUUCUGGCCGGAGACCUUCUCCGAGUAUCAACCCACGACCGAUGCGAAAAAGGUCACCACUUAGACUUUGGUUCUAUAGCUGGGUGUAGGUCCAUUUUUACGUUGGCGUUUUUGGAACAUAUCCAAGGAGUCUAUUUUCUUGACUAGAUAGAGUACAUAUUAUCUUCUAUGUAUAUACAUACUUACU